AUGCAACAGGCUAGUUCAUCAGAAUCCUGGCCCAUCAGAGUCCACACAGGAGAAAAGCCAUUCAAAUGUGACAUAUGUGGUAAGGGCUUCACUCAGAUUUCACAUCUUCAGGCCCAUCAGAGAGUCCACACAGGAGAAAAGCCAUACAAAUGUGAGACAUGUGGUAAGGGCUUUUGUCAGAGUUCAAAUCUUCAGGAACAUCAGAGAGUCCAUACUGGAGAGAAACCCUACAAAUGUGAUGUGUGUGGGAAGGGCUUCAGUUGGAGCUCACAUCUUCAAGCCCAUCAGAGAGUCCAUACAGGGGAGAAGCUCAACAAAUGUGAAGAAUGUGGGAAAGGCUUCAUCAGGAACUCCUAUCUUCAUGUUCCAAGGAUCCACACGGGAGAGAAACCACAUAAAUGUGGCAUGUGUGGUAAGAGCUUCAAUCAGACCUCACAUCUUCAAGCCCAUUGGAGAGUCCACAUGGGAGAUAAACCCUACAAAUGUUUUGACUGUACUAAGGGCUUUAGUAAAAGUUCAUGUCUUCGAGUUCAUCAGAGAGUCCAUAAUAGUGAUAAAUCCAGUUCAUGUGAUGAGUGUGAUAAAAGUGUUCUUCAAUUUGUAGACUUCACAUUUUCUUCCAAAAAUCCACACAGCAGAGAAUAUUUAUAA